CGGCUGAAGAGACGGCGGCAACACCAGCAUGCCGAGGAGAAAGCAGCAAGCUCCCCGGCGCUCUGCAGCUUAUGUUCCUGAAGAAGAACUGAAAGCAGCAGAAAUUGAUGAAGAAAGUGGGGAGGAUGAUGGGCUAUCUCUGGACAUCCAAGAAACUGAGUACAUGUGCCAGGAUGAAACAGAGAUCAAAGAGGCUCAGAGUUACCAGAAUUCUCCAGUCAGCACAGCAACAAAUCAAGAUGCAGGUUAUGGUUCACCAUUCAGUGAAAACAGUGAUCAACUGGCCCAUUUCAAAAGCACUUCCUCUAAAGAAGAGAAAGAAGAUCACAAGUGCUUGGACAAUGCUUCCUACCCACAGGACAGCUUAGCACAGAUAAAAGCCGUGUAUGCGAAUUUACUGUCAGAAUCUUGUUGGUCUGGUUUAGCUUUAGAUUUAAAAAAAUCAAAGAAUAAUGAAGACAGCCUGAAAGAAAGCACCACUAACAGCACCACUAGUAUCAGUACCCCAAAUACAAGUGCCAGUACCAGUACCAACACUACUACCACUACAAGCAUCAGUAGUACUAGUAACAGUAGCAGUGGCAGUUCAGGUUAUGACUGGCAUCAAGCGGCUUUGGCCAAAACUCUGCAACAGACCUCGUACGGACUUCUACCAGAACCCAGUCUGUUCAGCACAGUGCAACUUUACCGGCAAAACAAUAAACUGUAUGGUUCUGUGUUCACUGGUGCCAGUAAAUUCCGGUGCAAAGACUGCAGUGCAGCAUAUGAUACACUGGUAGAGCUUACAGUACACAUGAAUGAAACUGGACAUUACCGGGAUGACAACCAAGAUAAAGAAUCUGAAAAAACCAGACGGUGGUCAAAGCCCAGAAAGCGAUCACUUAUGGAAAUGGAAGGCAAAGAGGAUGCCCAGAAAGUACUAAAAUGCAUGUACUGUGGUCAUUCAUUUGAAUCUUUACAAGACUUAAGUGUCCAUAUGAUAAAAACAAAACAUUACCAGAAAGUGCCUCUGAAGGAACCAGUACCAGCCAUCACCAAACUGGUGCCUUCUAGCAAAAAACGAGCACUUCAGGACUUGGCUUCACCUUGCUCACCUGAGCCAACAGCAAUCACUUCAGAGACUACACUUAGUGAAGUAGCAAAGGAUCAAAAAACUGCCAAUCCAUAUGUAACUCCCAAUAAUCGCUAUGGCUAUCAAAAUGGUGCUAGCUAUACUUGGCAGUUUGAGGCCCGCAAAGCUCAGAUACUAAAAUGCAUGGAAUGUGGCAGUUCUCAUGACACUUUGCAGCAGCUGACUGCUCAUAUGAUGGUCACAGGACAUUUUUUGAAAGUAACUAAUUCAGCUUCUAAGAAAGGAAAACAGCUAGUACUGGACUCGGUAGUUGAAGAAAAGAUACAGUCCAUACCUUUGCCACCUACCACUCAUACAAGACUACCAGCUACAAAUAUUAAAAAGCAGCCAGAUUCUCCUGCUGGAUCUACGACUUCUGAAGAAAAGAAGGAGCCAGAAAAAGAACAGGUGAUUGUUACUGAAACGGACAAAAAAAUUAAAGAAGAAAAUGAGGACUCUUCAGAAAAAUUUGAUCCAACAACUGUAUAUCAGUACCUCCGUGAAGAGGAUCUAGAUGAAAGUCCAAAAGGUGGAAUCGACAUAUUGAAAUCUCUGGAGAACACAGUGACCACAGCUAUAAGCAAAGCUCAAAAUGGAGCACCUUCCUGGGGAGGCUACCCUAGCAUUCAUGCAGCUUAUCAGCUUCCAGGAACUGUUAAAUCCCUUCAGCCAACUGUGCAGAGUGUUCAGAUUCAGCCAUCGUAUGCUAGCAGUGUCAAGUCAUUGUCUUCAGAACACAAUGCGCUGAUCCAUUCACCAGGCAAUCUGACACCCCCUCCUCAUAAAAGUAAUGUCUCUGCCAUGGAAGAGCUAGUAGAGAAGGUCACGGGCAAAAUCCAUAUUAAAAAAGAAGAAAAGCCUUCAGAGAAAGAAAAAUGUUCUCCAGUCAAGCCAUUGUCCCCUGCUCCCAAGGAAAGCAAAGACUUUCCAAAAUCAGAGGAAAGCAACAAACAACAACAACUACAUCAGCAGCCACAUCAGCAAAAACAAAUUCCUGAAGCUGAAGUUCAGAAGGUCAAAAAGGAUCUUCUAGCCGACCCACAUGCACUUAAUGGUACUGAACCACCUAAAACAAAAGUCACCAAUGGUUGUAAUAACUUGGGUAUCAUUACAGACCAUUCACCAGAGCAAUCAUUCAUUAACCCACUGAGCGCUUUGCAGUCCAUCAUGAAUACCCACUUAGGCAAAGUCUCUAAUCCUGUAAGUCCUUCUUUGGAUCCUUUGGCCAUGUUAUAUAAAAUUAGUAACAGCAUGUUGGACAAACCCAUUUAUCCCACAACUCCGGCUAAGCAAGCUGAGCCUAUUGAUCGGUACUAUUACGAGAACAGUGAUCAGCCUAUUGAUUUAACCAAGUCCAAAACCAAGCCACUGAUUUCCAGUGUGACUGAUUCUGUCUCAUCUCCUCUAAGAGAAAGUGCCCUAAUGGAUAUUUCUGACAUGGUAAAGAACCUCACAGGGCGCUUGACUCCCAAAUCUUCGACUCCAUCUUCUGUGUCAGAAAAAUCUGACGCAGAUGGAAGUAGCUUUGAAGAAGCUUUGGAUGAACUGUCUCCAGUACACAAGAGGAAAGGUAGGCAAUCAAACUGGAACCCUCAGCAUCUUCUCAUUCUUCAAGCGCAGUUUGCUUCCAGUUUGAGGGAGACACCAGAAGGCAAAUAUAUUAUGUCGGACCUGGGCCCACAAGAGCGGGUUCAUAUCUCGAAGUUUACUGGUCUUUCCAUGACCACAAUUAGCCACUGGCUGGCAAAUGUGAAGUAUCAGUUAAGGAGGACAGGUGGGACUAAGUUUUUAAAGAAUUUGGAUACAGGUCAUCCUGUUUUCUUUUGCAAUGAUUGUGCCUCUCAAUUCAGGACUGCUUCCACAUAUAUAAGUCACUUGGAGACACAUUUAGGGUUCAGUUUGAAGGAUCUGUCCAAAUUGCCACUUAAUCAGAUACAAGAACAGCAGAAUGUUUCCAAGGUCCUCUCCAAUAAGACUUUAGGCUCACUUGGAAUUGCCGAGGAGGACUCGGGCUCCACAUUCCAGUGUAAGCUCUGUAAUCGAACUUUUGCAAGCAAGCAUGCAGUCAAACUGCACCUUAGUAAAACACAUGGGAAGUCCCCCGAGGACCAUCUGAUCUAUGUAACUGAGUUAGAAAAACAUUAGUGUCCAGGUAAGCAACCAGGUAUGCAAGUGACCACAGGAACAUUGCACUAAACUUCAUAGUACUGCACUAGGCCUGAUCUGAGCCUCUGAAAUCAGUCUUACUUUUGUUGCUGAACUGCCUAUCUGGAGCUUGGUUUUUCUUACAUACGUUUUGUAGUUAUAUUUAUAUGCUCUUUGUCUGAUCUGUGCAUGUUUUUAAAACCUUUUUUUUCCUUUCCUUCCCCACUUCUUUUUCCGUGAGUCAGAGUCUGACCUUUAUUUUCAACAUAUGUCCUUGAUGUUAAGCUAUCUUUUGUAGACUAUAGUGGGAGACACUAUUGAGAGACAUUAAUUUAGCCGUAAAGAAAGACACAAAGAACAAUAACAAAAAGACAUUCUAAAAUUACAAAGUUGCCAUGACAAUAAAGGUCACAGAACCCAGUAGUGUCAGUUUUUAACCCUCUGAGGACUAUAAUAGUAUUCUGUGCCUUUCCCAAAAGAAGGUGUGUGUUGUUUUUUUAAAGGCAUUUCAUCUGGGUCAAAUUCACUUAAUAUUUAAUAGGUUUUUCAAAUGACGAAAAGCUUUUUUUAAAAAGCAGUCUGAUUUGCAAAGAAAAGAUGCAUGCCAUUCUUGAAUAAUUAUAAAAAGUGAUCAAAUGCUCAAGGAGUUAGACAUGACCCAUGUUUAAAAAAAUAAAAUCACAAACCGAUUUGCCGCUAUGCCCAAAUCCUCUGAUUGCUGAAUAUUGCCACUUGACUGGCAUUAAAAGUAUGCAAGUUAUUUUUUAAAAAUGUAGAAAUGUUAUUUCUUUUUCCUGUAAGAUACUGCAGUUUAUAGUUAUUUACAAAUGUAAGCUUUGGUACAGGCUGAUCUUUCUAUAGUGUGCUGCAUUGGUACAUGGAAAUGAAACAAAACAACAACAAAAAAUGGGGCAAGUGUUGGAUUCUGAUCCUUGUAAAUUGCCAGCAUCAGCUUAGGUU